AUGGAAAGCGGGUGGCUUCCCAAGACUUGGCUAAGGACCAGGAGAUAUCUCAAGCUGAGCACAUCUGAGGUGGACCUCGACUCCGACGUUAAGCACUUUCCUGAAGAGUCUCGCCGAACAAGUCUCUUUUGGCGAGCUGCUCCGUGGAUAAUCAAUCUUAUGCUGCUCUCCCUCUCGGGCGCUUUCUUAUUACAAGCUAUUCGGAUCAGACAGCAGGUGCUGGGACCUCUCUUGACUCGUGAGUAUGAGACUGCCAGCCGUGAGUGUGGCUCCAAGAAACCUCUAGAGUUAUCUGGUGAAUUUGGAGUUCGAUCUAUAUGGCGGGGAGAACCAAACGCAGCCGUGGACGCCGCAUGGGAUAGUUUAGAUCUGACUUCGGCCAUGACGGUUUCCCGAGAUGAGAUCGAGAGGGUUGGCAAGCUCCGCAAUAGUUCUGUUAUCCUGGACAGCGGCGGCUACAUGGCGAGCUUGGGGGCAUUCCACCAGAUGCAUUGUCUCAAUGUUCUCCGCAAGUAUACCUAUCUGGAUUAUUAUAUCGUUAAGGAGCCUGAAUUCUUCAGGACGCCGACUGUGCGAAAGCAUACUGACCACUGUAUCGAGAUGCUGCGCCAGUUGCUCAUGUGUUCGGCCGAUCUUCAUCUUAUUACUUAUGAUUGGGUGGAUGGAGUUGAUCAUCCUUGGCCGGAUUUCAGCACAAAUCAAUUCUGCCGAAACUACGAGGACGUACAUGCUUGGGGAAAGGCACAUGUGGUAAAAUCCAAUUAUUCAGGAGGUUUGAUUCCCAAACCCAAGAAUGCCAUUACUAGAAAGCUGCCACCAGAUUAG